CCUACAAUGUGUACGGAAGUGUAACUACUACUGCCGUUGUGCAACAAAUAUAACGUUGAUCUUGCACCAGUUCAUUAUAAAUUAGACGCUAUUGUUAUUGCCACACUAACUGGUUCCACGGCAUGACUCUACAAUGAUGUUCCUUCGCAGAAAGCAGCGGGAGGGUUGUCAAAUCCACGCUUGACAAAGAUUUCCAGCGAGUCAGAGGAAGUUCAAAAUGAGUUCUCAGGAUGUUCUGAAGAGUGCGUCCACUCUAGCGUCGUAUAAUAUGUUGCUACAGGUGAUGUUCCGUAUCCUCACCUUCCUGCUGAAUGCAUUCACGCUGCGGUUUGUCUCCAAAGAGCUGAUUGGUGUUGUCAAUGUCAGGCUUACACUACUGUACUCCACAUUAGUAUUUUUAUCCAGAGAAGCUUUCCGGAGAGCCUGUCUGAGUGGGGUAUCGGGGACAAACCACAGCUGGAGACAAGUUAUCAAUCUGCUAUGGUUGACGUUGCCUCUGGGUGUGUUAUGGGCAGCCCUGCUGAUCUGUGUGUGGCUGUGGCUCCUGGAGGCCCCAGACCCCCAGACCGUCCCUUACUACGGCCCCGCUGUGGUGAUGUUUGCUGUGUCAGGAGUGCAGGAGCUCUUGGCUGAGCCCCUCUGGGUCCUGGCUCAAGCUCACAUGUUUGUCCGACUGAAGGUGGUCACUGAGAGCUUAGCAAUGAUCGCUAAGUGCAGUAUCACCGUUUUGUUGAUGGUGUUUGCUCGUGAAUGGGGCCUUUACAUCUUCUCUGCUGCUCAUUUGGUGUACACAGGGUUCCUGGUGCUCUGCUACGCUGUUUACUUCGUUCGUUUCUUGGGCUCUAAAGAGGCAGCCGAGAAGGGUUUUCCUCUGCACCGUGUUGGAGAGCUCUUGCCCUGUAGAGCUGAUGGAGAGCCGCUGGUUGAUUGGAGUCUGGCCCAGCUCACAUGGAGCUUCUUCAAGCAGUCCUUCCUGAAGCAGAUCCUGACAGAGGGCGAGCGGUACGUCAUGACCUUCUUGAACGUCCUCAGCUUUGGAGACCAGGGAGUUUACGAUAUUGUCAACAAUCUGGGCUCCAUGGUGGCUCGCUUCAUCUUCCUGCCGAUCGAGGAAAGCUUCUACAUCUUCUUUGCCAAAGUGCUGCAGCGAGGACGUGAUGUCAAAAGUCAGAAACAGGAGGACGUUGCCAUUGCAGCGGAGGUCCUGGAGUGUCUGCUGAAGCUGGUGCUGGUGGUCGGUCUGAUUAUCUCUGUGUUUGGUUACGCCUACGCUCUCUUGGCUCUGGAUAUUUACGGCGGCUCUCUGCUUAGCAGUGGUGCAGGGCCCACUUUGCUGCGAUGCUACAGCUGCUAUGUUCUCCUGCUCGCUGUAAACGGUGUAACAGAGUGCUUUGUGUUUGCUGCCAUGAGCCAAAAAGAAGUUGACAAGUAUAACUUUGUGAUGCUGGCUCUGUCUGUGUCUUUCCUGUUCCUGUCCUACAUGCUGACAUGGUGGGCUGGCAGUGUGGGCUUCAUAUUGGCAAACUGCCUUAACAUGGGCCUCCGCAUCGUGCACAGCCUGCUUUACAUACACCACUACUUCCGUACCACUCAAUGGAAACCUCUGCGAGGCCUGUUGCCCUCCCCGCUCCUAAUACUGGCACUUGCUGUCAGUGCCGUCAUCACAGCGCUGUCCGAGGGUGUAUUCUGCUGUGACAGCGGCUGGUUUCUAAGGCUGGUCCAUAUCGGCGUAGGAGCAUUGUGUCUGCUCGGUGUGUUUGUGGCUGUUCUUGUCACAGAGACUCGGCUUGUUCAGUUUGUGAGGACUCAGCUGUUGCCUCAAUACAGAAAGAAACGCACUUAAACUGGACUGGAAAUGGGUUUACUGGCCUGGAAGAAAGCUUUUGUUUCACUACAAACAGUUCUAACAAGAGCUGCUCAGUGACAGUUACUGACAGUGUGAAAGCAACGAGGGAACAACUUUUUUUAAAUUGACCUCACACGUGUGUGUGUGUGUGUAUGUGUGAAUGUGUGGGUGUAUGAUGCUGAUAUGUUUUCCUCUGAUCAUUCCUGUGUUGGCUCAUACAAGUAUAAACAAACGUGUCCUGACUGUUUUGGAAUCUGAUUGUGGCCGCUUAAAAAAUUGAAUGUAUUUUAAGAAAGCAGUUGAAUUUGUUACCGGAAGAGAUAAAAAUAUAAAUUUAUAAACUUGAAGCAGCCCAAAGGAUCUGUCGUGUUUGUCCAAAAAUCACCAAAACUCCCAUUUUCAGGUUUGCUUUACUAGGAAGAUUCCAGCUGUUCUAAGUUUAUUUUAACUAACUAUUCAGUCAUCUCGUAAAAUGUGAAGUCCAUUAUUCUGUUCACAUAGUCUUUGUUAAGCGGUUAAGAAGCAGGGAGGAAUUCUGUUUCAUACACCACGAACAAAGCAUCUCAACUCGAAGUUCAUUAAAUAUAUUUUUUUAUGUUUAAACAUGUUUCGUGACAUUUUCAUUGCUAUAAAUAUAUAGUAUAAUCUAGAGCGUGCGUUUACAAACAUGUUUGCACCAGCUUUGUAUCAUAUUUAACUUUAGCGGAGCUAAGUAGGCUUGAGUUGAGCAGCCAUUUAACAUGUUUGGAAACUCUUCUUAUUUGUUUGUCCUUCCUCUGUACUUAUCGCUAAAGAAUUUAGGAUCCCUGGGGUGGAAUAAUGAUGUCAUGGAAAAUGAGCAGGAAGGGAACAGCAUUCUUUUAAAGGAUGGCAAUAAUCCCAUCUCCUCUCUGCUGCUUUUUUUGUUACAUGUAUUUUGUAUUUGUACACAAGCCAGGCAUGGUAUGAAGUGUGUUGAUGUCUUAAGACAGCCAGCUACUUAUCUUUUGACUCAUACCUUUUGAACUUUGAGUCCAAUUUGCGUGGCUUGCUUAUUACCCGGUGGAGGAUACACAGACAUACAUUUGUUACAUUCUUGGAUCUCUGGGAUUUAUUUGGUAAAAUGUAAAGCCACAAGUUGUAGCAGUGACAUCCUAAUGAAGCAGCAAGUCUGACAGCAGACCAUGAAAAUAAAACA